UAAUUUCUGCCCAUCUCCUCGCUGUCACACCGGUUUUCUCGUUUCAAGAGGUUUAAGUUCAACAUCUCCAUGGCGAAGUACUGGAUUAUCGCCACAGCCGUGGCGGCGGUGUUAUCAUUUGUGCCUUGGGCCAUAUACCUGGCCGGGCUGGGCAAGUUGACCCAAGCUAUUUCAAAUUCGAGUGUAUCAGAAGCUCUGAAGCAGACAGUUUUUAUGCUGGAAUGGUACACAGUGAGCGCCCAGUUCAUCAACCUGGUGCUCAUUCUCAUCGCCUGCAUUGUGAGGGGCUUGCAGAGGACACACAGCAUGUUCAUCAUGUUCCUGGCUGUGAACUCCGCGCUGCUUAUCGUCCGCGCAACGUCUCGCAUCGUCGACAUCAACCUAAUUGACGAGGACCCCGAAAACGCGGCUCUUUACCUCGAUGUUCCCAACGUCCGUGGUGACCCCCUUAAAUACCUGCGCGCCGAGGCUUGCGGACAGGUCGCAUCAGCGACGAUGAACUUCUUGCUUGCCAUCCUUGUCGGCUUGGCUGGUACCGCCCAAGCAGAAAGUGCGGAAUAUAACGGUGCCAAGAACGUUGCUUAAGCAAAAACUAUUAACUAGUUAACGUGUUAUUUGGACUAUCUAUUGCUGUUUCGGAUAGUUGUCGACUUCUAACUGGCACGGAACCGUACCCGGAAUAUAUUUUGCUGUUUCUGCUUUGCGUUCCGCUUGUACUGUGUAAUGUGCGUGAAAUCUGGCUAUGAAUUUUAACGUGAAACUGCACAUAGGAUGUAAAUGGCAUACACGGUUGCUCUGCAUUUGAAACCUACACGACACUGAUACAAUACCAGCGCGAUGCAAAGUGCUAAUAUUCUGCGGGAUAACUUUUUCAAUAUAUUUUGGUUAAAUGCCGUGACAUGAUUUUAUGAUGUUGUUGACGGGCCGGAUGGUCCUCAGUUGCUAAGCAACAAAACGCCGUCUCCGGAUUGAGUAUGCUUUCCGAAAAGUAGUCUGGCGGACACGGCGCUAGGAUGUGGUGUGAACAUCAUCUUUUGUAACUAUUUCGACGUCGCUAUUUUUUUCGUACAGCUACAGUUAAUAGGCGCUUUUAGUAAAAGUUCCGCACACACGUGCGGGGUUGUUAGUAAAGGCCGGAGGAC